GUAAUCCAGCAGGCUGCAGUCCAGGAAAAGGAAUUGAAAAAGGCGAAGAGGGCUCUACAAAAGAAGAAAGAAGAGGAGGAGCGAAUACGAGCCAAGGUUAAAGAGCAGGAAGAGGAACGUCUCCUUCUAGCUGAGAAGUACGAAGCCAAGGGUGGCCAAGUCGUCAAACUGACGAGCAAACUUGAGAAACUCUGGCAUAAGUACAAGAACGCCAGUGCGGAGGUUGAUGACUUGCAGAGAGAAUUCCAACGAGAAAGAGAAGAUAUGCUGGAAUCCAUCCGAGCCUUGAGCAAAGAGCUCAAGCUGAAGUCUCUUGUGAUCGACUACUUCAUACCUCCUGAGGA